AGAGGAGCAGUGCCUGAAAGACCUGGACCCGUGGCUGCAGCAAUGGGCACCAUGGAUGAUGAGGACCUGCUGGACUAUUUCCGCAUGGAGUACAGGUGGAACAUCCUGCACCUAAAGAGGAAGCUGCGACAGGCAGAGGAGGACUCCCUGUCCGUAUUUAUCUGCCUCCAGGAGAAGAGGAAAGAAGCCAAACGGCUGCAAGAGGCUCUGGAGGUGAAGGAGGACUUCAAGGAGAGGAUGGAAGCCGUGGUGUGCUGCUGGCAGGACCUGCACACCCAGGCCGCUGAGCUGAAAACACACACGGAGGAAUCCCUGAGCAUCGCAAAGGAAUAUGAUAAGAUGCGAGUCCAAGCUCUGAAGACAGCCACCAGAAAGAGAGAGAAGAAGGUACAAAAGGAGUUGGAGCUCUUGAGAGCCAAGAGGAAACUGGAAGUCUGGAGAAAUAAGCAUGAGAAACUCUACAACAAAGUGCAAAAAUACUCCAUCUUCAAAAGAUACCUGGAGGAUGUGGUGAAGAUCUCACAGGCGAGUUUGCACAUGAGAGAGGUUAUGGCCUCGAGGAGGGCCCUAUGGGGAUGGGAGGGCAGGGGGAUCACUAACACCAGGAGCCCUGUGCUGCAGUUUGCGGACAUCCAGGAAGUCAUUUCACCCUACAAGAUGCUGAUGAGGGUGCUCAGGGACCUGGAGCAGUUGCAAGAGAGGCAUAAGGAAAAGUCCGAGCAAGCCAGGGUGUUGGUGGACCAGUACAUAGCAGAGAAAGAAGCUGAGAUCCUGCAGUACAAACACAAGCUGGUGGAGCUCCAGCAACGCUUUGAUCAGGCUAAAGAAGACGUCCAGUUCUGGGAGACUCGCUGGGCUGACAUCCAGGAAACAAGUCCCAAGAAAGCCCUGGAGCUGGGCACCAUCAGGAUGGCCAUCCUCAACCUCUUCCAGAGUGCCAACAGAAAGAUGAACACCAAACUGAACGUGCCAGUGGAUGGCAGCCAUAGACAACUGAAUAGGAUUCAGCAGUGUAUCCAAGACCUUGCAGACAUCUCCAUGGAGGUCAAAGAGGACAUACAGAACCACCAGCGAGCAGCUGUACCUACAGGACAUGGCAACGUGAGGGGCUCUGCAAGGGUGGGAAGAGCAGGACAGAGGGCCCGACUGGUACUGUAGCUCCAACAGUGAAGUUUCAUCCCUUCUGACUCUUGUGUCCUGUACAGUUGCUGGCAUCUUAUUCUACUAAAAGUAACCAAAUACCUGAAUGCGACUCUUAAUUUCCUGAGAGGAUGGGAAUCAUCAGAGCAGCUCCAUCCCACAGCUUCAUCCCCGAUGCCACUGGGAUGCCUUCUCCGGCAGAUGGGGCUCAUGCAAAGCAUGCAAGAUAGGGAGAGCAGGCUGGGACAGGAAUAUAGUCUCAAAUAGGGCUUAGUACUAGUGCUCACAUCUGGACAUCCUACUCGGC